GAGCCCUGGGAGGCGGCGGCGGCGGAGGCGACCCCGGGCGGGAGGAGCGGGAGGAGCAGCGGGAGCCGCCGCGGGCCCGUCGUUCGGUCGCCGCGCUGCCGGGAGCGGAGGGGUGGCCGCGCCGCGCUCCCGCGUCCCGCCAUGCCGCUCUUCGCCACCAACCCCUUCGAUCAGGAUGUGGAGAAAGCAACCAGUGAGAUGAACACUGCAGAGGACUGGGGCCUCAUCUUGGACAUUUGUGAUAAAGUUGGGCAGUCACGCACAGGGCCUAAGGAUUGUCUUCGUUCCAUUAUGAAGAGAGUGAACCAUAAGGAUCCCCAUGUUGCUAUGCAGGCUUUAACACUUCUAGGAGCAUGUGUAUCAAACUGUGGUAAAAUCUUUCAUUUAGAAGUCUGUUCAAGAGACUUUGCCAGUGAAGUAAGCAAUGUGUUGAAUAAGGGUCAUCCAAAAGUUUGUGAAAAGCUGAAAGCCCUUAUGGUGGAAUGGACUGAUGAAUUCAAGAAUGAUCCACAGCUUAGUUUAAUAUCUGCCAUGAUAAAAAAUCUGAAGGAGCAAGGAGUUACUUUCCCAGCUAUUGGUUCACAGGCUGCUGAGCAGGCAAAAGCAAGUCCAGCCCUAGUUGCCAAAGAUCCUGGUGCAGCAGCUAACAAGAAAGAAGAAGAAGAUUUAGCUAAAGCAAUUGAACUGUCGCUAAAAGAACAAAGACAACAGCAAACAACACUUUCCAGUUUGUAUCCAAGCACCUCAAGCCUUUUAACAAAUCACAAACAUGAGGGCCGAAAGGUUCGUGCGAUCUAUGAUUUUGAGGCUGCUGAAGACAAUGAAUUAACCUUUAAGGCUGGAGAACUUAUAACUAUCCUUGAUGACAGUGAUCCGAAUUGGUGGAAAGGUGAAACUCAUCAGGGUAUAGGACUGUUUCCAUCUAAUUUUGUUACAGCUGAUCUUUCUGCUGAGCCAGAAAUGAUGAAAGCUGAGAAGAAAACAGUGCAGUUCAGUGAUGAAGUUCAAGUAGAAACAAUAGAACCUGAGCCUGAACCAGUUUAUAUUGAUGAAGAUAAAAUGGACCAGCUCCUGCAGAUGUUGCAGAGUGCAGAUCCAACUGAUGACCAGCCAGACCUCCCAGAAUUACUUCAUCUUGAGGCAAUGUGCCACCAGAUGGGACCCCUCAUAGAUGAAAAAUUAAAAGAUAUAGACAGGAAACAUUCAGAACUUUCAGAGCUCAAUGUUAAAGCAAUGGAGGCUCUUUCUUUGUAUAACAAAUUGAUGAAUGAAGACCCAAUGUAUUCCAUGUAUGCAAAGCUACAAAACCAACAGUAUUAUAUGCAGUCAUCCGGUGUUUCUGGCUCUCAGGUUUAUCCAGGGCAACCUCAAGGUAAUGCAUAUUUGGUGGCAGGGAGUGCACAGAUGGGCCACAUUCAAGGUUAUAAUCUUCCUCCAGAACAGCUCUCUUCUCUCAGCCAAGGCACAGUUACUCCAUCUGCCAGCUCAGUACUACCUGGUCAGCCUGCACAGACGUCGUACACAAAUGCAAUGGUUGCUGGAAAUACUUACUCUAACCAGGCUUCAGUGUAUAGUCCACCACCUGCUGCUGUUGAUGUUGCUGCUUAUCAGAAUGCUGGAACUAAUAUGUCCCAGGUGCCAAACUAUAACUUAGCAUCUACACCUCUGCCACAGACAGCUGGCAGCCAACAAGCACCUCCACAGCAAGCACAGCCUCCACCUACUCAACAGCCACAGCAUAGCUAUUCACAGAAGGCUCUGCUAUAGGAUCCGGGACUUCUGAUUCCUAAUCUUCUUUAACCUCUGCUAAAGGCAGUUGACAAUGCUUUGAGUUUCUUCCUUUAAUCUCUUCAACUUUGUUUAUCUUCAGCUUAAUAAGAAUCUAUCUUGGUGAACAAGUUCAAUUUGCACUGACUUUUUAGGAUUUUUUUUUUUUAAUUUUGCAGAGGAAUGGAUAUAUUUAGGACACUUAAUUCCUUUUAAAACGGCUAAAAAUUGGUACAAGAUUAUUUAUGUCUGGUAAAAUUGGCUAGUCUGUGAAAACCUCAACACUUGCAAACUGUUGUGGAAUAUAUGUUAUGUACAUAUAGUGUGUGAUUACAGUAGUGGCCAUUACGUAUAGCUAUGGUGAUCAUGUGAAUAUAUUUAACACAAUGUUAAAAAAUAAUUUACAUAACUAUUUUAUUUUAAUCAUGAACUGACAACCAUGUUUCAUAGUUUUAUCUAGUUUUAUGACAGAUGUGAUGUCUUUUUCCAAUACAGGACAAGUGGUAAUUCUGCAUAUCAUGGUUACCCUUACAGACUAAGGUCUAUACAUGAAUUCCAAACUUACCCAAGUCUAGGUUUUAUUACUUCCUGAAUAGAAUACAAGGGUGUCAUGACUAUUAGAUGGCUUUAUCUACCAAAGCAAACUAGAUAGCUAGUAAAUGAUGUGGGGGAUGAUAACAACAAGUUGUGAUUCUGCUUAACAUGCAAUUAAUAACCUAAAACUACUAUUCAGAGGCUGCUAAACAUAUCAUGGGACCAUGCAACAGAUCAGAAUUUUGCAUUUUAUCAUGAAAAGCACAUAAUUUAUUUUUUUCCAAGUUGAUUUUUUAUAAUGACAACGAGAACUGUAUUCUAUGUGUGUUGGUAGAGAGUACACCAAAGACAGAGAGAAAUUGAGUUGGAGGAGAAAUGGUGGAGUUAUAAACUGGAACGUGCAACAUGAAUAACACAACUUCAUUCAAGUCUUCUUAAUUAGAGAAUUAAUGGAGAAUUAUGGACAUUUAAAUCACUUUGCUGAACAACCUUCAGGGCUUCAUUUGAUCUCUAGUGGCCUUGCUUAGCAAUUUGUUCUAUUUGCUGUUUUUACACAAACACUUCUGCCUUAAACAUCUGUUAAUUUUUCAAUUUCCAGCUGUUCUGCCGGUUAAGUUUAUUAGUCCUUCUGCAGUGUGAAUAGAUAAGGCCUCUUAAUUUUGUUGACUUUCAAAUCUGAAUUUUCUUCUGCAGCAAUGUGCAUUAUUUGGAACCCUUGCAUUUCUCAGAAACGUAACCAGGUGUCUUUUUGAGGCAUAAUAUUUUCUUUCUGCAGCAGUGGUGCUGCAAAAGGAUUUUGGUAAUGGAAAUGGAAUUUUGUUAUGCCUGAUCAGAAUUACUUGUACAAAAAUUGGUAUUACUUUGCAUUUGUAUUUGAUCUACUAAUGCAUUCUGGUUUCCUCUUACCUUUUCUGAUGACUCUCAUUCCAGUUACAGCAAUACUAUGUGGCUUCAGCAUCAAAGCUGUGUUUUCAGUCUCGUUAAUGUAUGUGCCAGAAAUUGUUUGCUUUUGUGUACUGUAUUUUAGUGUGAUACUUCUGGAAUUAAAUGUUGCAAUUGUACAUUAUAAUGUAAAUUAACCUCAGUAAUCCUUAUACUCCUGGUCUAUGUGUUACCUAACAAAUCUUUGUUUCACCUGUUUAGUAGAGCUGGUGUUCUGCCUCUUAAUUCUUUUGGAAGGCUGAUUUUGCCUAACUUUGUAGCCAGGUGGUUACAAAACAUGGCCCUAGCUGAUGUGUUCCAGUCAGUGAUUUUCUAGCCAGAACAGCUUGUUUCAAUACUGGAAUGUUCGUGUUUUGGUUUGGUUUUUUCUUUUUCCAGAAUUCUUAAGCAUGCUCACAGACUGUUUGUAUUUGGUGUUAGCACAAUAGUCUGUGGAAUUUGGAAGGUAACACUAACAGCUACAAAAAAAAAAGGGGGGGAGGGAUGAAAGUCCAAGGAUUUGUAUAAUAGAUCAUUUUUAAUAGAUUGAAGACGUGUUUGUUUUGUUUUUUUUUUUGUAGAAAGGACGUGCAGUGUCAUUUAGAUAGUGUUCUCUGCAUGCUUUAGCUAUCUUACUGAGAAGCAGAGAAGCAGUAUUUAGAAGUGUGUAAUUUCUGCCAGAAGUGUAAAUAACCUCUACUCCAUACUUCUUGUGCCCCAAUUCAAGGAGAAGCUUAAAGCCCAGCUGACUUUAACAAUUCACAUUCCUAGUCUUUCAUGCAUUAGUUGACCUAAAAAAAAAAUAUGUUUUCAUUGACCACAAUUGGUGCUGAUUUUAGGUUUAGUCUUAGCAUCCCAUUUUUAUUUUUGUUUUUUAAUUUCAGAUGCAGUUUUCAGACCAAGUUUAUUUUGGAGCUGUAUUGCUUCAUGUUGUUUUGUUUCAUUAACCAGGAAUGAUUAUUUUGCCUUCUCACAUGGUUGCAUCCCUUGAUCUAGUGCUUUUCAGUUACACUUCCUCCUGCUUUGCUACAUGCUGUCCCUGCACUAAUUCCUUCACUUAUCCUCUAACUGGUAUUCAGGAAUUAUAUUUCAGUUCACCUUUCGACCAGUUUAGUAUCAUCUGAAAAUGUCAUUGCUGGUUUUCCCUGCUGUGAUCUAUUCAGUUUCCUUAUUUAUGCAUUGUUUUGAUGAAGUUCAUGCAUAUUCUGUCUUACUAUGGUAUUGAACACUGAAUAUGGGUGAGAGAAGGAAAGAACAUGUACAGCUCCUGUGUGGAAAAGCUUCUUAGCAAAGAACCUAAGUGUCACAAAGUUAAUCCGUCUGAAAGUUCAGAAUCCCUGGAAAUGACACAUCAUUCCUGUUCCAACAGAACACCUAAUUUUUGAACGUCUCACUUCUUUAUUUGUAAAUAGACAAUGAAAGGCUGAAGUCUUCUCACCACAUUUUGUGUAACCCUUUGUUGUUUAACUCUUUUAUGAAGGAAUACGGAAAUGUUAAUUAAUGUCAGAAGGAAUAUUGUAGUGACUUGGUUUUCAUGAACUGGAGCGGAAUCUGGAAAGUGCCUUCUGUGCAUUUCUCAGCUAAAAUUUGUUUACCCAUCAUCUCAAUUUAUGUGGGUGUAACAGAGAUGUAAAGAUUUACUGUAAAGCAUCCCAGGAAGAAUUCUGAGGUCAGCGUGUUGAAAUUUGAUUUGGUACACUGAUGUUAUGGCAGUGUAUUCAGGAGUUUGCAGUUGAAACAUCAGCUGCCACAUAUUUACCCACCUCUGUUUAGUAACUGUUACCCGUGUAAAUGUGUGUUUGAUGUCAAAGAAGGCAGAAUACCUAUACAGCAGUAUAACAACCGUGAAAAACAAGAUAGCAGUAUCAUGUGCUUCUUAGCAGGUGUGGGGAAGCAUAUUGCCCUCAUACAGUGACUCUUCAGAAGUUUUGAAGGGGGACCUAAAACGAGUUUGAGUAACCAGAACUUCAUAUGAUUUUGUCAGAUUGCAAAUGCUUGGAUAAGAGGAGAUAAAUCUGCUUUUAAUAGCAUGGACAUAUUUUGCUGAUCAAAUCUAGGCUGCUGUUAUAGUUCUCUGAUUUCAUCUAGAUGACAGGAACAUCAGAUUUAUGCUGGAGAACUGCUUAAUACCUCAUUCUCCAAUUAAUUUGUUUAGUAUUUUCUCUAAUAUCACUUACCUUUAUUUUUUCACUCUCAUUUCAAAGGUUUCUGUGCAGUCUUACUUUAUUCCUUGUCUGGUGGGUUUCACAGACUGAAUGGAAAAGAAUGUCUCUAAUUACCGUGGCUACAAUGGCACUUUGAAUGAUGUAUCUGCAGUUUCCUUUGGAGAAGAUGCACGCAUCGCUUUUGAAUAAUAAGGGAGCAUAAUUUUUCCAUUUAAAAAUCAAGAGCAGGUUUGUUUUUUUUUUAAAAAAAAGCAAAAUAAAAUCUACAAAAAUGGCCGUUGUUAGGAGGCAGGCAGAAUCAUUUUGUACUCUUCUAUUCCAUGUUAAUAAAGCCAACCAACUUCACACUCCAGGUACUCCUUUUUCCUUUUCAGCUGCAAUGAAGAAUAUUGACUUUGAUGUGUAUGCUAUCCAACACCAUAGUAAAACCUUGGAAGGCCCUGAAAUUUGACCUUUUUGCUUCAAUAUGUAAAAACACUAUGUAAGCCAUUAGAAGCCUUGUUUCUGGAGUUAGGAUAUUUGUAUUUAAAAACAUUCCAUUUGCUACUAUGUAUAAUUGCAGAUCAAUUUUCAUGCUGCUACCUUAGCAAAAGGGUAGGAGUUUUUGUUCCUCUCACCUGCAUGUGCUUCUGGAAAUCCAAAUAAUUUCUGUCUUUGUCAUGAAAAACAAAAGGAGCCUGCUGAAGUCUGUUCUGGUUGUAAUAAAGUGUACACAGUAGCAAAGUACAUUUUUGGCUUGUUCUGUUUUGAUGCUCCCUUUGAUGUUGGCAUAUGUAUAUAUUUAGAUAUACUGCACUGUUGUACAAGAAUUGUUUUAGUAAAUAACACUAUUUGUAAAAACUGUUAAUUGUUUUUGGUAUGAAUGCAAAUAUUAAAGUUGGAGUAUUUAGUUCA